ACAACAAACAUGGCGCACUGGUUCCACAGGAAUCCUAUCAAGGCGACAGCGCCGGUCACGUUCGACCUUAGAGGGGUAACUAGUACUGGCCCAACACGUAAAAUAUGCAGUGACUUAAGGCAACACAGAAACCGGCUGCUUGAUAUCCUGUCAAAUCCCAAUGAGAACAUGGAGACUGUAGACAAUGUUGCCAAGGAAUACUUCUCUUUGUUACAAGGGUUUUUGACAGCUGUAGAUGAAAAGGGAGGAGAGAGCAAACUCAGACAUAUAAUUAGGUUCAGAUGGACCAACACACUGACUGGAAACACACCUACGGCACAGUAUGAUGCAAUGUAUGAGUUUGUCUCUAUGGCAGUAAAUGUGGCCCUGUGGUAUACAAAGCAUGCAGCUAAAAUUGCUGCAGAGAAUGAUGAACCCAGCAUGGAUGAGGCUAAAGAAGUACACACAUGCUUAAGAAAGGCAGCUGGGAUUUUUGUACAUCUACGGGACAAGUGCAUUGCUGGUCUGAUAGAGUCUCCGGAGCAGGGGACAGAUUUGGACAGCAGGGUCGUCACUGCCUAUAUGCACCAGUCUACAGCAGAGGCACAGGAAGUGACUUUGGCAAGAGCUGUGGAACUGAAACACACUGCUAGUCUUAUAUCUGCUCUGGCUUUUGAAACCUCAAACAUGUUUCAGAGCGCAGAUGACUCACUUAAAGGCGAAGAUGAAAGAUUAGUCACCAAAUGGCGCAAAUAUCUCCAAUUAAAGAGAGCUUUUUAUAUGGCUUAUGCGUACUCAUAUCAUGGUGAAACUCUACUGGCACAGGACAAGUGUGGAGAGGCAAUCAGAUGUCUGAGAGAAAGUGUCAAAGAGUAUGAGAAGGCAGGUGCUUUAGCCAAGGAAUACAAGCAGGCCAAGGGUCCAGGUACCACAGCUAGACCAGAGGAACACUUGUUCUUCAGGAGACUAGGCCCCAUUGUGAAGAGAACACUGGAGAAAUGUGAGAGAGAGAAUGGGUUUAUCUACCAUCACAAGGUUCCAGAGGAGUUACCAGACUUGGCACUGAAGGCCACCUAUGGUUUAGCCAGUCCUGAGGAGGUGGAGUUCCCACCACCAAGUCCUGCAUGGAAUCCUGCUGUGUAUGCUGAGUUCAAGGUGGAAAACAACCCACCUGUUCCUGAAAAGGAGAAAGAAAAAGGUGAAGGAAAGGAGAUCCCACCUGUAAAGGAAGAAGAUAUCAAGCACGCUGGAAAAGACCCUAGAAAUAAUAGUGGCUGUGUGGUAUCAUAAUGAUAAUCGUUUUGUUAUGACCACACCAAGAAACUACUUUGUUCACACAUUUACUAUUAUAGACUUACUAUACAGAAGAAAUGAGUAUACUCUGGGCAUAUGUAGUCAAAAGUAGUUAUUGAAAUGAAGUGUAAUAUUGUGUAAAAUAGCUCAUGAAAUCUGAUUAAAUUCAAUGGAAAACUGUAUAUAUUUAAAAUGUUACUGACAAUGAAUAUGGUUCUACUAAUUAAGGAGUUGACAGACUUGAAAUAAAGAGGAGUAAGGAGUUCAACAAAGUUCAUCCCAAGGGGGUGUGAGGGUGGGGGAGGGGUUUCUGAUUUCAUUACUGUAACAGGUUUCAAUUUACUAAGUCAGUAGCCAGGCCAGGGG